AUGUCGGUCAUCACCACCUUGGACGCCGAGAGCGGCCCCAGCGCGCCGUUCAGCGUCGCCACUGCGAUUGCACUCGGGUUGAUAGCCAGCUUCAUCCAGAGCCUCGGUCUUACCAUCCAACGCAAGUCGCAUCUCCUCAACGAAUCGCUCGCCCCGGUUCGUCGCAAGACUGAAUGGAAGCGUCCAUUAUGGCUCAUCGGCUUCGCCAUCUUUCUUAUCGCCAAUAUCGGAGGUACCGUCUUCCAGAUUGGCGCACUGCCCAUUGUGAUGCUGGCACCUCUUGGGGCUGUCAGUCUGCUCUACAAUGCCCUCCUCGCUCGAUUCCUGCUCAAUGACCUGCUCUCCAAAUACAUGGUUGUGGGCACCGCACUCAUUGCCUCUGGUGCAGUCUUGAUCGGGUACUUUGGCGUAGUGCCAUCACCACCUCACAGUCUCGACGAGCUCCUCGAUCUGUACGCUCGCCCAACCUUUGUCGCGUUUGCUACCAUCUUUACCUUUGUCUUUGUCGGUGUUCUCACCGUCUCGCACCUGGCAGAGUGGCAGCUUCAUACGAAGAUCUACCGCAACUCCCUUCCAGCACGGCCCGCAAAACCAAAGCAUAGGAGCGGCCAUGGCCUCAGAGGACGUCUGCGAAGGCGUUGGUCUGCCCCUACCUUGGCACCCGUCGCUGAAGUCAGUGAAAGCAGCUCCGGCAUCGCAACCCCCGUCUUGGCCACUCGUGAUGAAGCCAAUCGUCGUUCGACCUUCGUACCUAGCCCUCAGCAGCAAACCGUGCUGUAUGGGCGCAGUAUUAUCGCCACUCCCUUGUCACUUCUUUCAGCCGGUUCUAGCUCUGUGGCAACGCCUCUACUCAAGCAGUCCGACCCGACAGCACCCACAUCUAAGCGUGAUUAUGGCUCGCUUGGUCGCAACGACUCCAACGCCCGCAAACGUAAGAAGAGCCUCGAUCUGCCGCGUCUCGAGCUCAGGGAGGCCGAGCAGCGCAUUGACGCAGAGACAGUCAAGCAAACUAAGCUGGGCCUCGCCGUCGCGUAUGGCGGUGCCAGUGGCACGCUUUCCGGUGCCUGCCUGCUGCUCGCCAAGUCGGGCGUCGAGCUUCUCAUGCUUACGUUUUCAGGUCAGAACCAAUUCGGGCGGUGGCAAAGCUGGCUCUUGAUUGGUAUCCUGCUCGCUGCAGCUCUCCUGCAACUGUGGUAUCUCAAUAAGGCUCUCAAGCUCGCCGAUCCGACGUUGGUCUGUCCGCUGGCGUUCUGCUUUUACAACACCUCGAGCAUUGCACUCGGUCUCGUGUAUUUUGAUCAGAUCGGCGCAUUGGCGUGGUACGAUCUGGUGUUGGUAGCAGUGGGCACGGCCGUUUUGCUGGGCGGGGUAUGGACGGUCAGCUUGCAUGGCAACGACGAGCCGUGUGACUCGGCAUACGUGUGCGGGCAGGACGAGAACCAGCCCUUGCUUUCGACGCAUGCUUCGCCCAACGGCUCUGGUUCGGUUUCGGAUUCCAGCUAUGAGGGACUGUUGGUGGCCAACGGGGCCGGAGUCGCAGGACCGCAUCUGCCGCCGCUCACGAUUUCUCCACACUCAUCGUCGUUUGUGGAUCACAAUGUGGCGUCCCUGGCUUCUCCGGAAGAGGCUCCUCUGACGAUGCAUCACGAACAACAGGAAAGUGGUGCAAGUAACAGCAGCACGCGCACAACACCGCGACUUGGCGCACAUCCGUCCAAACGCCGCCCUGCAUCCACCAGCAGCCACCACACCGCCCAACGGCGGCCGACCAUCACGCUCGACUUCCCUCUACGCGACGACCUCUUUUCGCCCAAACACGACGCGACGUGUGCACACGACGUCGAAGCGCAUGGCGGCGGCAGCAGCAGUAGUAGCGGUGUUUCACCUGCACCGCGUCAUUCGGCCGAAUCGUCCGUCUCGGAGCGCAGACCGUCGCUGUACAACAGCAUUUUGGAGCAUGGUCUUUCGAUCGGCAUCAGCCCGAGCUCGCCUGGCUUCCAUUUGCAGCCACGCUCGCCGUCGCUUUCGCGGUGCAACUCGAACUGGCAGCAGCAGCACGCGGGACGGCAUGGGCAGAGGAGCAUGUCUGAGGCAGAGGCGCCGUCGACUGUCACGGGCUAUCGGCGCUUGAAGCAGCAGCAGCAACAGCAGGUGGGGCGGCGGGAGGGCAGCGAUGAUUCGACCGCGAGUACGCAGCAUGCGGCAGCGGGGGAGGACGAGAAUGCGGCCAGCAGUGGGUUUGAGAUCAUGCUCGAUCAGAUGGACCUCAGUCGCAGACUGGAGGCGAUCGGAUUUAGGGAGAGGGGCAGGAGAUGGUGGAGCCGGUGGAAGCCGAGAUGGGGGGCCAAGGCGGUAGAAGAGGAGGGAGAGGGGGAGGGGGAGGGGGAGGGGGAGGGGGAGGAAUCGUUCAUCGUCGCGAGCAACAGUAACGGCAGCUUGAUGGCUGUUCCACGCAGCCAGGCGGAAGCGACGCAGGGCUUGGGCCUGGCGCUCGAAUCUGAUCAGCCUACGGGGGCAGGUUCCAUAGGCGGAGCAAGAUGA